AUGACGUCAACAAAACGAGAGGGCAGCGCUCCUUCGGCAAGCCAUGCAAGCAUUGCGUAUGCGAAACAGGGAAUCUCUGCCCCACCGAAGAAUCGCACGGCCAAAUAUGGGGGUGUGACUUGGCUGCCAGUGGUCAUGUGCACCGUGAAGAAGGGGAAGGCGAAGGUCACCGUGCCACCAGCGGCCUUUAUGUGCCUGAGUCGGGUGGCCGCGGGAAUUCGUGAGAUGAAUUGGACCAAAAUGUACAAAGCCCUUGAGAUCUUGGCCCGCUUUUUGAUUCCCUGCGAAGCGGUCACUCUCUACUUAGUGGAGGAAGGCGGCCGAUAUCUCCGAAGAGUGAAUAGCUUCCUGGAUGCUUUUCCACCUGAGCGGCGUGGGCCAAGCUUGCAGCCAGUCUCGGAGAGCACUUUGCAGGGCGCCUGUGCCAUGAAGGCCGAGCCCUGCGGACUUCCCGUCCGUGCCCGGACGGUGACCAAAGCACAGGUAGAGUGGGCUAGCUCGGAAGCCAUGGGCCUGUAUCCUGUUCCAAGCAAGGGUACCUUCCAUGACUUGUCAGCCGGUGGUGCCCCGGAGUCUGAUGAGUCCAUGCCCACAGUAUCAAAAGUCCGCAACGUCCUCGCCUUCCCCUUGUGCUUUGGAAGCCCUUCCGAGGAGGACCCCUUCGGUGACUAUGCAUCGGUGGACUCCGAGCAUGCCUUGGCAGAUCCACGCGUCUUUGGAGUGUUGAAGAUGACCAACCGGCUGUCGCGCGGUCGGGCCGCCCAACUGCAUCUCACCAGCGCCAAAGAUAGGGCAGAGACAAAGUACCAACCCUUCGGCAAGCGUGACACCGAGCUCCUGGAAUGCCUGAACGAAUUCCUAAGAGAGGUCUAUUUCAGCAUUGACCCUGUCACCUUCGGUCCUCGAGAUGAGCGGAGCUUGGACGUGCGAGAGGAGUUCGAGCCGUUGAAUGCCCCCUCACUCAUGAGUGGAACCUCUCAGCCCAGCCGAUCUCAUCAGUCAGGCAAACUCACUCACCAGCAGUCCGGGAGCCGCCUCCUGAGCCAUGUGAAGAGCGGUGGCAGUGCAGUCAGCAUGGCAGCAGGGAUGUUUGGUAUCCUUGGCAAUGCAUUCGCCAAAGGCACCGCACAACGUCGGGCGGAGCUGCCGGAUCUUGUGCAACGACCCGAGGUACGUGUUACCUCCGACAGCACAGAGGCAAUGCGCGCAGCCCCGGGAUGGGUGUACAAGGAGUGGACCGAUGAAGAUAUGGACUUCCUGGGUGCUGACCAUGUGACGGCACAACGGCGGAUUGGUGGCAUUACCUUGUUGGCUACCUGGUGCUUGAAGGAUGUCAAGGUGGAUCCCUUUUGUGUGAUUUGUCGCUUCCAAAUCCGAGUGGCCAGAACAUCUCGUUUGGGGCCGAGCGAGCAAGCGGUUUGGAAGGAAGCCCAGCCAUUUUUCUGCGUGUCUGCGGAUGAGGGUCAAAAUCAGCUGGUGAGCGCCUUCCUUUCGGAUUUCCUGCGCUAUGGGGAAGAGUAUAUCGUCAGCGUCCGGGCGGGGUCCGCGGACCGGUGGAGCGAAUGGAGCGCUCCUUCGGAGCCCAAACGUCUCAAGGCCUGCGACUUGGAGCCUGCCAACGUGCACAUGCGUUGCGAGUUUUUGCACCAAGAGCCAGCCAUGGAGGCCUUCGGGGUGCAAGACCACGUGCUGCACGUGGCAUUUCCUGCAUUUGGGACCUUUGACUCGCGAAGCCCCUUGCCAGUGGAGUAUUGCAUAGAGGCCUGGCAGAGGCCUGAUGUGCUGGGUGCUGCCAGCACCGAAGAGCUGCACGCCUACGCCCGUUCAUUGGAUCAGCCCAGUCGAAUCCCUGGCGCAGGGCCUGAGUGGCUCAAUGCGACGCCGAUCUUCGUCACCACUGUGAAGAGUGAUCAGGUGCAGGGCAAGAUCAUUGAGUGCGAAGUGGACCUUCGGAAGACGCCUUUGGUACCACUCUCACAGGUGUACUUUAGUGUCAAAGCGCGCUAUUUGAGUUUGCCUUUGGAGACCAACUUCAGCCCAAAAUACUGCUGGUCCCAGCUGAUGCUUGUGCCGGAGCUCUUGACAGCAUUGCCAUCACCGGAACCAUUCCUGUCCACUGAAUUCCUACCUGACGCACAAGGGGGAGGACUGGGAUCCAUGGUUCUCCGUUGGCCCUUCCGGCAUCCAGCCCACUUCUGCGAGAUGGAGAGUGGAGACUGGCACAAGGGGCCCUUCGUCCCGAAGGCUUUGCCAGGUGAAUUUCCGCUGCCCUUCCGCGUGCAAUGCCGGGUGUUGAGGGCUGCCUCAGCCGGUGAAGCAUGGCCUUCAAAUGCAGAAGGGACUGGUUGA